CACAGAAGCAGCAGCAGCAGCUCUGUGUUUUCUCUUUUGGUUGGUGGCAGCACAGGAACAUGUGGUCAUGCAGCGGCCAAUGCCGAGCCCAGAGCAGGCGAUCACCACUGUCAGAGCAGCAGCAGCAGCAGGGCUGGCACUGGAGAGGAACUCUGCCUUCCCCCUGCAGAGAGAAACCCCUCUAGAAGAGAGAGAGAGAGAGAGAGAGAGAGAGAGAGAGAGAGAGAGAGAGAGAGAGAGAGAGAGAGGAGGAGGGGGUUUGCUUACAGAGCAGAGGAUGAGGAUGCAGCGUGAAGGGGAUGUUGCAGAGGAGGCUGCAGGGAGGCAAAAACAAAAAGGAGAACAUGCUGUGUGAUCCAGGUCUCAAGAUGUAGGAGCUGCAUCAGAGGAGCCCUCAGACCAGACUGUGUGUGUGUUUGGUGUGUUUGUGUGUGUGAACGCACCAUAACAGCAGCAGACUUGUUGUGUUUCAAGGAUAGUGAAGGUGGAGAGGCGCAACCUGAGAAGCCCCCCCCCCUCUCCCCUCCCUCCUGCACUUCCACAGAGGAUGACAGAUUAGUCCUUAUUCAGCAAGGAGCCUGAGCAUCUCUCUGAGGUUAGUGAAGUGCAAAGUCAUACUGUUUCCGCCCGGUCGGGACCUGCUGUUCUCACUUAGUCCACUUGUUUUCCUCCCAUAUGGAGCUGAGUUGCAUGUGCAGCACUGUCACUGGUGAUCUCCCCUGCUCCUCUUGUUAUGGUAAACUAUGGCUGUGUUUUAGUCGGUGUGUUGUGUGUGUGACUGUGCCUCCUGCCCAGCUGAAGUGUCAGUGGCGAUGAAGUCGGGCUUGUUGUCUCUUGAUGUGAUGUCGUUAUCCAGGAUCAGAUGUUGUCCACAGCUCAGCAGAUGCUGCAGGAUAGCCGCUCCAAGAUCGAGCUGAUCCGGCUGCAGAUUAUCAGAGUCACCCAGGCUGGCAGCGGCAGCAGCGGCAGCGGCAGCAGCGGCAGCGGCAGUGGCAGCAGCGGUGGAGGAGGUGGAGGUGAUGAUGGUAGCAGCCACAGCAGCUCCACUAACAGAGCAGUGUCUCCGGUCGCGGUGGCUCCUGUGGACGCUCGUCUGGCAGAGCUGCAGCACCACAUGCAGAGAGAGACAGAUGCUCUGGUGCUGGCCAAAGACGUGGUGAAGCAGCUGGAAGGGAUCUCCUCGCUGGACCAGAAGGCGCUGACCGAGGCCCAGUCCCGGGUGCACGAGUCCUCCCAGAAGCUGGACCUUCUGCGACGGUCCCAGAAGAAAUGUCUGGACGAGAAGAGCCAGGAGCCUGAGCCACAGCAGCCUGCAGGGGGCGUCCACCCCUCACAGGGACCCCCGUCCUCCCAGUACCAGAGACCUGGAUGUCCCCUGUCCACCUCCCCGUCCGUCUUCUCCAUCAGACCUGCCUCCUUAACUGGUAAACUUGAAGUGAAGCUUCUCGGAUGUGAGGAUUUACUGAAACCUCGGACGAACCCGGAGCAGGAAAAGUCCGGGGACGGUUCCUCAGCUGCUCACAGGACGGAGGGACAUCAGGCAGAGAUCAGUGCGGUGCUCAGGCUGGACGGCAGGGUGGUCGGCCGGACGCGGUGGGCGGCCGUCAGCAGACUCAGCUGGGAUCAAACCUUCUGCAUCCAGCUGGAGCGGUCUCGAGAGCUGGAGGUCAGUGUCCUCUGGCGGGACCGGGGGGCCAUGUGUGCAGUGAAGUUCCUGCGACUGGAGGAGAUGAUGGAAAACCAGAACCACAACCAGGGUCUGAGUCUGGAGCCGCAGGGCCUCCUCUACGCCAAGCUUCGGUUCAUUGACGCUGUCGUGGAGCCGAGGCUGAGACGUCAGCGCUGCAUCUUCACUAAAGAACGAGGGAAGAACUUCCUCAGAGCCGCUCAGAUGAACAUGAACUUUGCCACGUGGGGUCACCUGAUGAUGAGCAUCCUCCCUCACUACAGCUCCUUCACCACAUUCAGCUCGUCGCUCUGCACGACCCCCGACCCGACGGCCAACAGCAGCCCGCGGGCCAAUGAGAAGGAGCCUCCAGUCACCGCUCCGCUGCCGGGUGAAGCUCCAGUUAUCAGACUCAGCGUCACUGAGGAUCCUCCUCCGCCCUCCAGCCCGGAGCCGAGAGUCGAGUCUCCCACCAUCACCCCCACAGACCACAACACCUCCUCUGUGCCUCCGCUGCAGGAAGAACUGGUGACUGACCAUCAGCCUGACUCGUCCAUAAACAACACAGAGGAAAGUGAAGACCAGCCUGUGUCUGAUCUCAAGAUGCACAGGGAGGAUUUCAAAUACAUUUCGGUUCUGGGCAGAGGACACUUUGGGAAGGUUCUGCUGGCAGAGUUCAAGAAGACAGAGAAACUUUACGCCAUCAAAGCCUUGAAGAAACGAGAGAUCGUGACUCGAGAUGAAGUCGACAGCCUCAUGAGUGAGAAGAGGAUCUUUGAGAUGAUCAACGCGUCCCGACAUCCGUUCCUGGUCAACCUCCACGGCUGCUUCCAGACCAGCGACCACGUCUGCUUUGUCAUGGAGUAUCUACCCGGCGGCGACCUCAUGAUUCACAUCCACAACAACGUCUUCACCGAGGCCCAGACCAGGUUUUAUUCAGCGUGUGUUCUUUUGGGUUUAGAGUUCCUGCAUCUGAACAAAAUCAUCUAUCGAGAUCUGAAGCUCGACAACCUGCUGAUGGAUGCUGACGGAUUUGUGAAAAUCACAGACUUUGGACUUUGUAAAGAAGGGAUGGGUCACGGAGAUCGGACCUCCACUUUCUGCGGGACCCCGGAGUUUCUGGCCCCUGAGGUCCUGACGGACGACAACUACACCCGAGCAGUGGACUGGUGGGGGAUGGGUGUCCUGAUCUACGAGAUGCUCGUGGGCGAGUCUCCGUUCCCUGGUGAGGAUGAGGAGGAGGUGUUUGACAGCAUCGUCAACGAUGACGUUCAGUAUCCCAGCUCUCUUCCUCCUGACGCCGUCUCCAUCAUCCAGAAGCUGCUGAAGAGAAAUCCUCUGAAAAGACUCGGAGCUGGAGAGAGAGACGCCAACGAGCUGAAGGGAGAGAAGUUCUUUGAGACCAUCGACUGGGAGGCUCUACUGGCCAAGACGGUCAAACCUCCGUUCCUGCCGUCGAUCACAGAAUCCAUGGACGUCAGCAACUUUGACAGCGAGUUCACUCGACUGCAGCCGAUCCUGUCGCCGCCCUGCAAACCCUCCGGCCUCUCCGCCGAGCAGCAGGAGGCCUUCGCAGACUUCGACUUCUGCGCUCUGCACGGAUGAAAGACGAGGAGACCGGGGGAACAAACUGUUGUUAUGAGGCCGAGACGCUUGUCCACAUUGGCAGGUAACCAGCCAUCUUCUCUGAGGUAUCGAUCGUCCCCUAAUGGCCUGAACACGUAGUGACUCAAUACUUCUACAGAGACAUUAAACAAAGAGUUUCAAUGUGAGCAAACAGUUGGACCUGUCACACCUUUUGCUCUUCUAGUUGAUCAAUGAGUCAAUUGACAUAAAAUCAAUCCAGGACAAUUGUCAUGAUGGAUUUCAAGUCUAAAGAUGAAAUAUUUGCUCAUCGCACCACAGACGUGGUUCGACUGGUUCUUCUGGUGAAUAGACAUUUUGCUCAGCAGCUAUUUUGACGUGGAAUUAAAGGUAAACACCAGAGUCAUGGUUCUGUACCUGAACACAACAGAUGCUUUAUUAGUGGGUUUCGUUAAGCGUGUGUUUACCUAAUAUUACAAAUCAAAAUGGCUGCCGUCAGGCCUCGGGCAACACGUGACAGUCGUUAGUUGUUAACCAUCAACGAACCUUCAGUUCCCUCAGAGUACAGUGAAGUACACAGUGUACAAUAAACUGAACAUGAUGAACGAUCACUUCCCCUGACUGCCACUUACAGAAAGUUUCCCGCUCCGGUCUCGAGACGUCUCGUGCGAUCUCCAUGGCUGACGCCGCCGACUGUUGUCACUUUCAUCCCGUCGACACCGAGUCGUCGAUCAGGCAGCUUCUCCUUCUUUCUGUUUCUUUUUGAACACAGACAGUGAUUGUAGAUCUUUAUAUUCUCUUUAUAUGUGUUCCAGCGCUCGACUGCUCCUGAUGUUGAAGCUCAUUUAUGAGACGAGUUCAGGUGAAACGUACAAACAGAGGAAAGUGAUCCGACAGAGGCCGGUGCAGGAGUUUAUAACAGUUUCUCCUCUUUCAUUCAACAUCUUUAUUCCUUUUUGGAGAUUAAUUUCAAUACUGGAAUUUGGGAUAUCGUGUUUAAGAGGCCCCUGUGACCUUUGACUUUUGACUGGCCAAAUCUAAUCUGUUGAUCUGUGAGUAAACACUUGUACCAAAUUUGGAAGGAUUCCCUGGGGAUGUUCCUGAGAUAUCCAAAAAACAAACUGUGAUCUGUGAGGUCACUGUGACCUUGCCCUUUGACCUUCAACCCCCAAAUUCUAAUCAGUUCAUCCUUGAGUUAAACUUGAAGUUUGUACCAAAUUUGAAUUAAUUCCCUCGAGGUGUCCCUGAGACGUCGUGUUCACAACAAUGAGGCGGACGAACGGACAACCCAGGGACAUAAUGGCUCCGGCCUCUGGGAUUUGAUUUGUUUCUAUUUUCUGUCACUUUUGGAUCUGAAAGAUUACUUUACUUCAUCUUAUUUUCAUGUUGUAGAAUCAGCAACGAUACGAUGAAAUCUCACGUACCAGCUGUGAAACAACUGCUUCUCUGCCAUGAACAGAAAACAGAUCAACGCCCUUUAUUUGAUUCUGUUGAAGAACACACGAUGAGAAACCUUCCCACUCUUCUGAGCGUGAACCUCUUGGAGCUCCCAGGGAGUUGGAGACUCCGCUUGCUUCGUGGCCUUUGCUCAUUACGUUGAUUUGAAUCUUUCAGAGGUUACGUUGCCGUUUCUAUGCAUCACUGUGACAGGCUUCGCCCACUGCCUUGACCAAACAGACAAAACAAGCAAACACACUUUUAAAAUAUACUUUCUUAAAAAACAAAAAAAACAACAGAAAAGUGAAAUCCCACAUGGAGACGUUUCACGUGUUUGUCGAGUCAUUCCGUCGUAGCAAAGACGAGCUGUUCACAUAUCAGGCUCGUCCCGACAGUAGAGGUGCAUGGCACUGUGGUGAACGUGUGCACUAGGAACCCUGUAAUCGCUAGCGGUAUAAAAGAAGCCAUAGAGAAUCUAACAUAGCCAUAAUAGUAAGAGAUAUCUGUAUUUUCAACUUAGCAAAUCAUAUUCUGUGAUACAGAGCUGUAGUGAUGUCAGUGCAAUAAAAGAGGAGGAGGAGGAGGAGGAAGAUGAGCCACUGCUUCAUUCACAAAAAGACUAACUUAUCAUUUAAUAUACAUUUUUUAAAUUGGUAAAUUUACUGUAGUAUCUUGUACUAAUUAUAUAUAUAUAUAUAUCAUAAAAUAUAUUUCAUAAAAUACUUUAUUUUACUGACAGAUAACGAUAACCAGUAAGUUUUAAUGUAAUCAGUGUUUUUGCUGCUGAUCGGUUCAAGUGGAUGUUUUUGCCCCAGUGGAAAU